AUGACAGACACUGAAAUGAACGAUGUCUUUUCUGACCCUUCAAUGGAGCCUCAUGAUCUGAGUCAACUACAGUAUCAUGUCACCUUACACGACUUUGGUGAAAGGGUACAAAAAGCUGCUAAUGCGGCCUAUCCGAGUGAUCAAAAGACCAAAUAUGCCCGAGUCUAUGCUCUUCUUGUAUUAUGGGAGGAUGAAGACCUGCAAUUGCCCGUUUCGCUAGAAGUCCAUGAAUUAGGUAUUGUUUUAGCUUCCAUUUACAAGUACGAAGUACAAAUAUAUCGAAUUCCCUGCGGCGGAAGCCACAAAAAAUUGAAUCAAAAGAUCUUGGACUUUGUUGAACUAGAUGAAGACAGUAAGGAAGACCUGAAGAUUGUUUAUUAUGGCGGGCAUGGCAUGCUAGCUCAAAACCGGCAGCCUUGUUGGGUGAGUCGUUCUGAUACUCGAGACCCUAGUUUCAGCAUGGUGAAAUGGGGCGGGAUCCAAAAUUCUUUAGAAGAAGCACAAUCCGACGUUCUACUCUUGCUUGACUGUUGCUCUUCGGGCACUGCUAAUACAGGAGAAGGGUGUGGAACUGCAGAGCUUAUUGCUGCUUGUGGCUUCAACGAUGUUGCAAAUGGCGUCGGGCGCCAUUCAUUCACCUAUGCCUUGAUAACAGAAUUACGCCUGUUGAGCGCAUAUCCAAAGUUUACUGCAGCGGUUCUGUACAAUAGAAUACUGUGCCGACUAACAAACUGGAUGCCUGAAGGCAGAGAAUUACAGAAAGCUCCACUACAUGUCGUUCUUACUCAAAAUCAAGCUUUACCAUCCAGCAUACAACUUUCAGUAAACCCAAGGCCAAAGCUGGAGCCAAUGUCUUUCGGAAGUCCUUCACAAUCACUGGAUUCGCCAAGUCCCGCUUCAUUCGAGAUCAAUGAAAGGACAGAUUCUGACCAAGGUUCUGGUUCAUCGCCUAUAUCGAGCCUGCCUUCUGACGAUGAGCAAUUUCCAAGGAUCUUACUAAGUGUGAGACUCGACGAAGAUCUGGUUCCUGAACUAUCUGCGGAUUUGUUCGCUGAAUGGCUUCGCAUGAUGCCCGUUAUUGCCAAAUCUGUCACUGUUGAAGCUAAAUUCCGUAGUCUUUCAACAUUAAUCUUGGUUUCCAUGCCAACACCAAUAUGGGUCUGCCUUGGAAAACAUCCGGCCUUCAAUGUUGUGGGUAUUAUCAAGAAGCCAAGCAUAAAGGUAAUCUCUUCAUCAAGUCCUUCAACGCUGGAAGUUGCUCGGAGUGGUCAUAACCAGUCAUUAAAGACGAAACAACAACCACCAGCCCGUAUCAACGACGAAUUGCCUCUUCCAGCCUACACAAGGCAAAAGUCAAUGCAAAUGCCAUCCUCUUCCAACCCUGGCUUCAAUAACAUCACUCCCUACCCCUCGUCAUAUCACUAUUCUACCACUGCUGCUGAACCCUACACUUCUAGCCAAGAUACUCCAAAAACUUUUGCGUCUGAAACUGAUGAAAGACCGAUCGAGAAAUCUAGAAGAGAUGAUCAGCUCACACAGGUGGAUAAUUGUGUUGCGGAUUCUCAUAAAUUACCUAUUAAGAGUGCAGCUACCAUCGUAGGUAUGCUUUUAACUAAGGAUGGUGAAAUUCUAGGAUCCGCCCGGGCAGUUCCGCAAGCAGACCGGGCAUCUACGCCUCCGGCUCCUCUUACUGGAUCUCUUGUCAAUAAUGUUGCCCCCACCCCUCGAUUUGCUUGCCACUUGCCUGGCUGUGGUAUGUCUUAUUUACGCAAAGAUUUCCUUGAUUAUCACAUGAGGAGCCAUAGAGCUCCACUUCAAAGUACGCUAGAACCAUUAGCCAUUUCAGAGACUAAAGAAGCGUUUAUGAAGCAUCUACAAAUAGAUCCUGAAACAUAUGCACUGAUGGAAGAAGAAUCGGAGACCAUUUACACAUGGCUUACUUCCGACAAAGCCCACCUAAAAGAUGACGAAAUCGGAACGCCUUACGACUGGAGCGAUUUUACAGAAUAUUCAAAAAACCUGGCUAUGGAAUCGAUAAAUAAAGGUGGCACUCAUCAAACGGCUUAUUAUUGGAACCUUGCUCGUCCAACUAGAGAUUGUACCAAUUGGAUCGCAAGAUGGUUUCUUUACCGCAGUUUCUUGAACGAGGAGCAAGGGGAAAGGCUGAGCACCUGGCCGAGUGAUCUCGGAAAAUAG